CCCACGAGCAGUUGCGAUCGUCUUGAACUGCAUACCAUGAAAGCGAGGGGAAACUAUUGGUUUCCACUCGUGGUGUGAUCAAACAUCAUUAUUUCUAUGCGCCUCUAAGCUAUAACAGAUACAUAUUAUCGGUGCAACAUUGCGGGGAAUAAGAGAAGUCCCCCUUUCUUCCUCAGCUUUGUAACCUACUUUGUCAAUAGUAGACCAACUAGGGCUCCUAAAGUCGAAACAUCGUGCACCAUCACACAACAUGUCCAGCAAACAAGAAGUCUUGGAAGCCAUCAAACAGCUCUCGGACAAGAACCUUGACACUGAAGUCCGGGCAACCGGUUUCAAGGAGGAGCUUGAAGAGGCAAUCCGCGGACACAUCCACAUCGAGCUCCAGGCCUGGUUCUUCUUCCGAAAGCUCAGCAACGAUUGCGGCCGGUCGAACGUGGCACUGCAUGGGUUCGGCACUCUCUGGAAGCGCUCCAUGGUGGAAUGCCUCGCCGACGCCAACUGGCUGGAGUCAUACCUGUCCCAGCGGGGCGGCCGCUCCAGGCCCACUGCCAUUGAGGCGCCGACGGUUUCCUGGCCCGACGACCCGGUAGAUCCGGUGAGGCCGGUGUAUGAGGCCCUGAAGGUUGAGAAGAACCUGCUUGAGGACCUGCAGCGGCUGUGCGCGACAUGCAGCAAGUGCGGCGAUGGUGCGGCCGAGGACGCUAUCCAGACCCAUUUCCUGCGUAAGGAGACGCGCCAUGUGAAGGACAUGGGCGAUUUGCUGCAGCAGUGCGUGCGGGUGAGCAAGCAGGCCGGGCACGGACUGUACCAUCUUGAUAAGGAACUGAGGGAGAACAACGGGGUGGUGCCUUGGGGCAUGCGAAACGACCCGGAUACUCUCACCGAGGAGCUGUACAAUGUGAAUGUGUGAUUGGAGGGGCCCGAGAGAUGCAGGAUCAUCGGAGGUUCGGGCAGAAUGGUUUUGUGUGUUCAUGGCUUUUUGACCCCGAAACCAUGCUAGUUUUUGAAAAGAAUGUAAGUACUAGUAUCGUGUAUGCUGGGCAGAAGGGGAGCAACGGAAAUCGAGGAUUCAUUCGGGACAGGAACUCGUUUGAUCACUGCCUCAUGCACCAGGUCUCCUAGGUUCUAAACAAUCAUGCCAUUGUUCAGACAAAUGAGACGAGAGACUGUACCAGAUGUAGCCAUGCAAAUUGAAAC